CCAAAAUCCAUCCAGAGUCGUAAAAAUCAUUAAAAAAAUUAUGUCACUGAAAAAAAAGUUUUUUCUAUCUUUUGAAUUCUGUCAAAUAAAUUAGAAACAUGGCAGAGGUUGAUGAAACUCUUAAGAAGAAACGUACCUUCAGGAAGUUUACCUUCCGUGGAGUUGAUCUUGAUCAACUUCUUGAUAUGCCUAAUGAGCAACUCAUGGAGUUGAUGCACGCUCGUGCCCGACGACGAUUUGCCCGUGGACUUAAACGUAAACCUAUGGCCCUUGUCAAGAAACUACGCCGCGCUAAGAAGGAAGCUCCUCCAAAUGAAAAGCCAGAGAUUGUUAAAACUCACCUCCGCAACAUGAUCAUAGUCCCCGAGAUGGUGGGCUCCAUUGUUGGCAUAUAUAAUGGCAAAACAUUCAACCAGGUUGAAAUCAAACCAGAAAUGAUUGGUCAUUAUCUUGGCGAGUUCUCCGUGACAUACAAGCCUGUGAAGCACGGAAGGCCUGGUAUUGGUGCCACCCACAGCUCCCGGUUCAUUCCACUUAAGUAAAGUGGCCUGACCACCUUAUAGGCUAAGUGUAAAAUGUGUACAGGACUAUAAUAAACAAUCUUGUACAUUCA